AUGAAUGGGGAUAAGCAUGAUUUAGAAGACAGGAUAGGCGACGAUACGUCAGACGCAGAUGCAGAAGGAGAGGAAGACGACGACCAGGAUAUGAACGCACCCGUUGGCGCGGUGAAGGUGCCCAAGGAUGACGAAACGGCCGACGAAAGCGCAGCGGAAGAGGCGAUAGAUGACCAAUCGUCAGCCUCGAGCAGGCACAGUGGCAGUGAUGAAAGCGAGACAAGUGACGAAUCUGAAGAAGAGAAUGAAUGGGAAGAAGAAAGCGAAGGAGCUGAUGAUGCUGUGGAGGAAAUCCGUGACUCGAAUCUUUGCAUUUUCUGCCGCCAGGACGAAGAACAUGACCCAAGCGAGGAGUUCGAAGAGUAUCUCUCCUGUGUUGUUUGUGGAAAUAACUCCCACCGCCAAUGUGCACGGAACGAAAACGCACUGGUAUCAAACGACGACGCAGACAAGUGGCGCUGCCUUACAUGUGUUGAGAACGGCUUGGAAGCAGACAAUGACGCAAUGGAAAACUCGUCGACAAGGCGUGCAUCCGCACCUCAAAUUACUCGGGAUCUACUGCCGGCAUUGCGGGGAAGCAUGAAUCCCGAUAGCCACUCGAUGUUCAACUCGUUGAUCCUCGAUGAUGACCCCAUGGAUGGCUCACGUUCCUUGCGAAAGAGGAAAUCAUCAGACGUAGAACCGUCUUCGAGGCCGCUGCGGAAGCGCCUGAGACCUUCUGAUGAUGAAGCAUCGCAGAACGGGGAUGCUAGCACUGGAGCUGGCUCUGCUCUGAGUUCGAGACCGAGGCGGACUAGAAAAGUCGCCGCGCCUUUGGCAAAAAUCGUCCAUGAAGGUCCGGCAAGCAUCAUCGUUGCUCUAUCAUUAGACCCGGCCCGCAUGCACAAAAUACUAAGUAGUCGGCCGAGGAAACGAAGAACCUACAAUCGCCCUCGGCGGCAGCGUAGCCCUCCAUUUCCCGAAAUCGAAGAAUCGCAUUACCCGUCAAUUCCACUCACGUUGGGUCCGCAACUCUUCAGCCUCCACGAUCGAGACAUGGAUGAUUCCAAGUCGAAACCUUACGGCGGGAUCUUGAACGAGGCUGAAGCAGACACCUCGAAGACGUUCCCUUAUACCGCUGACAGGAAGAAAUUCGAGGACGCAAGACUAAAAGCAGAAGAGGACUGGAAACGGAAAAUGACAGCACUUUAUGCUGGCCAGGAGUUUCAGCGCCCCUAUCACAAGCCUUCAGCGACAGCCAGUAAGGUCAAGAGCAUCAACUUUGGUGGCUAUGACAUUGACACAUGGCAUGCCGCUCCGUACCCGGAGGAGUAUAGCAAGAACAAGAUUCUCUACAUCUGUGAGUUCUGCUUGAAGUAUAUGAGCUCGGACUAUGUUGCUUGGAGACACAAGCUCAAAUGUCCUGCUAAACAUCCUCCGGGUGACGAGAUCUACCGCGAUGGGAGGUACUCCUUCUUUGAAGUCGACGGGCGAAAGAAUCCGGUAUACUGCCAGAAUCUCUGCCUACUGGCGAAACUAUUCCUUGGGUCCAAAACUCUCUACUACGAUGUCGAGCCAUUCCUGUUCUACAUCAUGACGGAAAACGACGAGUAUGGCUGCCAUUUUGUGGGCUAUUUCUCCAAGGAGAAACGACCUAGUAGCUUGAACAAUGUUUCUUGCAUCCUGGUUCUCCCAAUUUUUCAAAGAAAGGGCUUUGGGCAUAUGCUCAUUGAUUUCUCCUACCUUCUCACACGCGUCGAGGAAAAAACAGGUUCACCCGAGAAACCGCUUUCGGACAUGGGCCUCGUUUCUUAUCGGAACUACUGGCGACUCAUUCUUUGCCAGCAUUUGAUGGACCAAAAGGCCCCACUCAGCAUCACUGACAUUGCGGAACGAACGGGCAUGACCGCCGACGACAUCAUCUCCGCGCUGGAAGGCUUACGAGCUCUUGUCCGCGACCCCGUCACCAAAACCUACGCGCUCCGCAUCGACUAUAAAUAUUUCCAAGAGUACAUCAAUAAGCACGAAGCGAAGAAAUGGCCGAAACUCAACCCCGACGCCCUCGUUUGGGUUCCCUACGUCAUGGGCCGCAGCAACCUCGCCCACUACGAAGACGCGCCCCAGAUGCACACCGUCGCCCAGCGCGAGGAAGAGCACGAACCCGCCGAAUUCCCUGAAGAAGGCGUGCAGCAGCAGCUCGCGCGAAGCACCGAGCCGUCACACGAACGAGACACUAACGGCAUCCAGGACAGCCCCAUGGAUCUCACCCCCUACGAUGACGCCGACCGCUCCCUCGCGCGCACCCCUUCCAACGGCUUCGACCACCCCAACGGCUACAGCUCCAUGUCUCCCUCCCGCUCCCAGCCGGGGACCCCGCUCCCUAACGGCAUCCACACCGAGGGCAGUGCCUCCUUCGCGAUUCCGCCGUCGCGCUUCGAGAUCUUCCCGCCAGUUCCGGGAACCACAACGCGGCGGCGGCCGGGGCGACCGUUCGGGUCGCGGAGGAGGACGGGCACACCGGUGAGGAGGAAUAGUGGGAAGGUGAUGGGGGUGGGGUCGGGAGGGGUGUUUGAGACGCCGGUGAUGGGCGGGGCGUUGAGGCGGACGAGGAGUAAGUUGGGGGAGGUGGUGAAUGGGGCGGGCGAGGAGGAGGGAGGGGAGGGGAAGGGGAGGCAUGCGCAGGUGAACGGAGAUGGCGACGGUGAUGGGGAACAAAGUGGUGCGCGUGCGAAGGAGGUGAACGAGCGGAACAGUGAUGGGGAGGCGGAUGCGGAGGGGGAGGACGUCACGAUGGAGGACGCUGGGCAGGGUGUGGAGGAACAUGACUAA